UCAGAAUCCCAACUUUUGAGUAUUUUAAUUGUGAAAGAUGGCACUGCUGAGUCUCUUGGGAAAGCAAUCAAAAAAACUUUACAAGACUGGAAGCUAUUUGACUAUGUUGAUUGUCUGUCCUUUGACACCACAGUCACAAAUACUGGUUGGCUAAAAGGAGUCUGUACUCUUAUUGAGCAGUGGAGAGGAAAAGCUUUGAUUUGGAUGGCUUGUCGUCAUCAUGUCUACGAAUUACAUAUAAAGGUAAAACAAGUGGACCAAAGACUGAGUUAUUUGAAAGGCUAAAGUGUAAUUGGAAAUCGAUUUUUGAAAAGAAGAUAAAUUAUGAUAACCUAAAGAGAUUCGACUCAGAAAAAAAAAUUAAAUCUUUUUUGGAAAAGCAGGCUUCUGAAUCAUUAACAUUCCUUCAAAAUUGCCUCGAUAAUGAUAUAUUUCCAAGAAAUGACUACAAGUAUUUUAUACAGUUAGCAGUUCUUUGGUUAGGUGGCAAAGUAAAAGAUUUUCACUUUAGAUUUCCAAUGGCUUCACAUCAUGCCAGGUUUAUGGCACAGGGCGUUUAUUAUUUAACAUACGACAUUCUAAAGCCACAAUUUAGUAACUUAUGUCCUGAUAUAAUAUCAUUACAAGAGGGAAAGCUGAUUUAUGAAAUUGGUUCAUUUACAGCACUAUUUUAUGUUCCAUGGUUUAUUAAAGCUCCUAUCCCUGCCAUAGCACCUUCUUUAGAUCUAAAAGCCAUUAAUGAAAUGAUACAAUAUUUUGAAUUAUGUCUUAAACCAGCAGAGGCCGUACUAAAGUCACUUGAAAAACACAAUUGGUAUUUAAAUGAAAGAUUUGUGGUUAUGUGUCUUGCUGAUAAAUGCUUACCUGUAGAUCAGCUACAUAAAUUAGCUCUUAAAUUAGCUCAAACAGCAAAGCCUACCAGUUAUAAAAUGAGAAAACUAAGUUCAGAAAUUUUUACUGACAAUGAAAAAAAAAUAACAAAAAGAAUUGAAGAUUUUAUUGGUCCUGAAAGCUGGUUUUUCUUUGAUUUACUUAAAAUGACAUUACAUGAGACAGAAUGGCUGAAAAUCAGUUCAUCAAACUGGGAAACAUGUUCAGGUUAUAAAAGAUUUAAAAAUUAUAUCACUGGUCUUCUUGUUGUAAAUGACAGUGCAGAAUGGCAAUUAAACAUGGUCGAGACUUUAUUGAAACUUUCCGAAAUGAAGAAGAUAACCAAGCUAAUUUACUGGUUGUUGCAGAUCAUCGUCUAA